AUGGCCACAACCCUAGCGUACAGCAUUGAGAACGACGAUAUCCGGAGCGCAAAUAGCCACUGGACUCCAAUUCACAGACUCAUGCUUCCAACUCUGGCAGACAGACACUCUGCAGCGAUCCAGACUCUACAAAAGGUCACCCGGUAUCAAUCCGCCCCCAACAUUGAAUUGAAUCCCCAAUUCGUCCAUCCUCUCUCCCACGGAAUGACGAUAACCGUUUAA